GUUGGUGGUCGAGUUCUAUUGCUGGUGGUAUUGUGUAUGCUAUCAGUUGCCGAAUGCAUCCGAUGGACCGGUGUGACGAUUUUUGAGAUUUGGCUACACGCCGUUGGCCUCCUGCUCUUCUCCAUUCUUAUUGUACUGAAGAUUGAGCUCUAUCCGAGCAGUCUCACCUACUGGCAUGCGUUCACGCCGUUGUUCAUCGUUGCCGCGCUCAACCUCUACUUCCUGUUCAUUGUCCUUGUACGUGCAAUGGUACAGGAGAAGGAAUGUAAACAGCCCAUCAUGAAGCACGCUUUCAGUUGGUUACGUCUCAUUAUGAUUGGCAUUUUCGAGGCGUUGCUGUGUUACAAAGUGAACGGUGAUUUGGAGGAUGGCCAAGUAGCGGUGCAAUCCUCGUACGGCGUCGUUUUCCUUCCGAUCUGGGUGCUUAUGGCUGCGCUUCUCUUCCAGGCAUGUCGUCUCCUCUGA